AUGUCGUCAAUGCAAUGCACAUCAAGCGAAUUGAUGGACUUUCUCGAAGGAGGUAGCUCCGAGAGAGAGGAGAAAGAUCCAUCCACGUCCACGACGACAAAUAUAGCGCAGAAAGUCAUUGGACUUCUUGGUGUUCCUGGCUUCAUAAUCAACACAUUUGGACCGCAAAUCUUGACCCAAGCAAGACGAAAUCCUCGCCUCUUCAGGAUCAUCACACCACUUAUCAUAGCUUUCUCAGCAGCUGCAGCACUUACACAUCUGAUAUGGCCAUUAUUCAAUUCCAUCAUUGGAGAAUGGCUUCCUUUUGCGCAACUCAAGUCAGACGAUCCAUUAUAUGAUUAUCUCUGUCGAUGGGUUCAUUUUCGCAAGGAUCCUCUGCGUCACCUUCAAGUCGAUGCACAAUCCGCCGCCUAUAGACGGCAGCAAGUCAAUGAUAAACUAUGGUGGCCGGAAGACCAUGCAGGUGCAAAAGACAUCUGCUUUGAGAAGAGCGGAAAAAGAUUUUUCUGGUUCGAGCGUACCCUGUUCAUCUUGGAGGCUAUCUCCUGGUCAGGUCGACGUUCGUACUACAACGACUCCAAGGACGUUAAACUAAAAGCGUUUUCAUUCUCGCAUAGACCUAUCAAGGCCGUGCUGCAAGAAGCUUGGAACACGUACCAAAACGAAGAGGGCUCUCGUACGACCAGGAUUUGGCAUUGUCCUGAGGAUGAUUGGGAUGUGUUGGCGCACAAGCAGACCAGACCGCUGGACACUGUUGACGUUGACGACAUGGAGAAGACUAAGCUGGUCAAGGAUCUGAAAAAGUAUUUGUCAGACGAAACAAAAGAAUGGUAUGCUCGUCGCGGUAUCCCGUAUCGGAGAGGCUACCUGUUUCAUGGUCCACCAGGCACUGGAAAGACCUCUCUAAGCAUGGCUAUUGCUGGACAUUUCAAUAUCGAUCUUUACGUACUCAGCCUGGCAAAUCCACGAUUGAGCGAUGGCAUGUUGACAAACCUAAUGACCUCAGUCGAUGAGCCUUGUGUAGUCCUCCUAGAAGAUAUUGAUAGCGCCGGUCUUUCGAGAGAGGUGUCCUCCACAAUGAUCGACAAACCAAAACCACCACCGCCACCACGGAAUGACGACGAUGACAAGGAUUACGACAAGAUGGGCCGAAUCGGUGAACGCGUUGACGUUAGAUACAAUAUCACACUCUCUGGCGUCCUCAACGCUCUUGAUGGCGCUGCUUCGCCUGAAGGCCACGUGCUCAUCAUGUCUACAAAUCAUCCAGAAGCUCUUGACCCUGCGUUGGCUCGAGCUGGUCGAGUCGACUAUAAAGUCGAAUUCAAAAACGCUACCUUUGAGACUGCGAAGAACAUCUUUAAGCGAAUGGUUGGUGACGAAACACAGGACCUUGAAGAGCUCGCGACAAUUUUUGCGAAGCAGAUCCCAAACGGCAAAUUCUCUCCAGCAGAACUGCAAGGCUAUCUACUGAACUACAUCGGAGAUGUAGACGGUGCAAUGACGGACUUAGACAGCUGGCUCAAGAAGUCUUUGGAGGAGAAGGCCAACAGAGAAAAGCUCGAGGCUGAGAAAAAGGGAAUCGCACCAAAGCCAGCUGAACCGGAACAGAAAACAGAACCUUCCGAAAGAGAGAAGACGUGA